UAUAAUGAAGAGUGUACAUUAAUGUAUUUUAUUCCAUUUGGAAUAAUGUUUUUAAUGAAUCUGAAUGCCAUAUAUUUAUCACGUAAUUGUUUGUCCAUUUAUCUUUUGGAUAGUUUCCAGGUUUUCUAAUCCUUUAGCGGGUAGUGUAAUUGGCAUCUUUUCAAUUUAUAUGAAUGCAUGGUUGACCCCAUGUACUUUAUAAAGACAUUCAGUCCACAACACGUGGAAAUUUCAACAAUGAGUUUUACAGCAGUUUUACUUCAUUUUAAUACAAUGGCUGAGAGUAAAUCGGACAUUCUUGAAGCAGGCAGGAAGUGCAGUAAGUGUAGGGGCCUUAUAAGACAUCAUAUUGGCCCUCAUGGAACUAAAUGUGACUUUGAAAUUCAAAAAGAAUAUCGAGAUCAGGACGUUGAAGUCGAUGUUACCAAUGAGAUUCUAGAAUUAAAGAAUCUCAUGGAACGUAUGAUGAUAAGUAAUGAAACUUUCAAGCAGGAUGUGAAGACUGAGAUGGAAUCCAUGAAGCAUGAGAUAUUGCAAAUAAAAUCUCGUUCCAAUGAUAACAAUGAUAUACCAUCAACAUUUUCUGUACCGUCAAUGUCACCCAAGAAAGUCGUACCAUCAGCCCCUGCUAAAUCGUCCAUACCUGUUAUGACGGAAACGAAAGUCUCUACCGAAGCAGAUGAAUCUGACACAUCAAUGAUUCUAGAUUAUCCUGUACCUCAGAAAACAAUAAAAGCAGUCAAAUCUGGUAAGUUUGUGAACAUGAUAGAUUUACUACCAGCUAAUCUUGUGAAUGAUUACAAUGAAAAUCCAGAUCCUAUCAUUUUAACACUUGAUAACGGACAUCUUCGUCAACAACACAAGCGUAAAGUUAAAACGAUUACUAGCUUUAAUCAGUGGUUAUCUGCUUGGAGUAUCUAUGAAUGUAUACUGAUUGAACAAAAUCCGAUCUUGUAUUCGAGUCUUAUCGCAUAUCGCACACUUAUCCAGGAAGCGGACAAAAAGUUCCAUUGGAAUGCGAUCAAUCUGUAUGACAUUAAAUUUAGAACAAAAUUAGCUCAAUCACCAUCACCCAAAUUUGACAAGAUGGAUAUUACGUUUUAUGUCACGACAUUGGAUGCGACAUGCGUCAAGAACACAAUCAGAUGUCACCGAUGUUCAGGGGACCAUAAAGUUAGUAACUGCCCCUUUCAAACGAGCUCCACGAUGGCGCAGACAUCAUCGUCGGAUACAAAACAGAAGGCGGACAAAGACGAGGUCUGUAACAAUUAUCAAUUCGGAAACUGCAAAUAUGGAACAAAUUGCUACAGGAUGCACAAAUGUAAUGGAUGCGGCACCCUUAACGUCCCUCGAUCAAAAUGUACGAAAUGCCCAUCCCUUAGCACACAUUAAUCCUUAUAGACCACUUUCUCCUGACGCCCUAGAAUUAGGCCUUAGGAAUCAUCCUGAUAAACAGUUCGUAGAGAAAAUAAUCUAUCAAGCCAAAAACGGAGUUUCGUUAGGUUUUCAAGGAAUUAGACAAUCGCAAAUACACAAUAACUGGAAGUCUGCAUUAGAAAAUCCUGACGUGAUCGAGAAAAAUAUUGCUAAGGAAGUCAAAAUGGGUCGUAAAGUGGGAUUCAGUUCUCCCCCAAUUUCAACUUAUGUCGCAUCGCCGAUGGGCGCAUAUCGUAAAAAGCGCUCGGACCCUCCAAAAUAUAGGGUUAUCCAUGAUCUUUCAUGGCCUCCUGGAAAGGCAAUUAAUGAUUUCAUCGACAAGGAUAUAUGCACUCUUAAAUACAUUAGCAUAGAUACAGUGAUACGUCUCGUGAAACAAUAUGGUAAAAAUUGUUUAAUGUCGAAAAUCGAUUUAUCAGACGCGUUUAAAUAUAUAGGAGUAUGCAGAGAUGACUGGGAAUUACUGGGUACCACUUGGACAACAACAAAGAAUGGAUCCACUGAGACUACAUACUACAUCGAUUUAGUGCUUCCGUUUGGAGCUAGAUCAUCGCCUUAUUUAUUUAACCAAUUCGCAGAUGCCUUAGAAUUCAUCAUGCGUGAAAAUGGCGCAACAGAAGCACAGCAUUAUUUAGAUGAUUACUUUACAUGUGGUCCUCCCAAUUCUAUGAUAUGUCAUGAAAAUAUUGACAUCAUGGUAAAGACGUGUCGUGAAAUAGGUUUUGAUAUCAAUCCUGCAAAAACGGUCAUGCCUACUACAUCUCUUGAGUACUUGGGUCUGGUAAUUGAUUCCAAUAAAUUUGAAUUACAGAUACCUAGUGAUAAACUACAUGAUAUGAUUGAUAAUCUAAAACAGUGGUUAGUGCGCAAGAGAGCCUCAAAACGACAAAUAUUAUCUUUACAAGGAAAACUAACAUAUCUUUGUAGAGUUGUGCGCUGUGGAAAUACGUUCUUACGGAGA